AUGUCUCGGUUCCUGGACCUGGACGAGUUUGGAGAAGCUGCUCGCUUCAUCCGUCUCACCAACCUGGAGCAGCUGGCUGCCAUGGCCCAGGCCUAUGAUGGUACGAAGCGUGUCUGGAUGCCUGACGAGACAGAAGCGUAUGUAGAAGUGGAGCUGAAAGAAGUGAAUGGAGACAAGUCCACUGUGGAGACCAAGGACGGACGGUUCCUGGUGGUGAAAGGAGACGACCUCCAGCUCAUGAACCCGGCGAGGUUCGACAUGUUGGAGGACAUGGCCAUGUUGACCAACCUGAACGAAGCUUCUGUCCUUUUCAACCUGAGGAGAAGAUACAGCAUGUGGAUGAUCUACACCUACUCGGGGCUGUUCUGUGUCACAGUCAAUCCGUACAAGUGGCUGCCGGUCUACUCUCGUGAGGUGGUCAGGGCCUAUAGAGGAAGGCGGCGCACAGAGACUCCGCCCCACAUCUACGCCAUCGCCGACAACGCCUACACCGACCUGCUGCAGAAUCGAGAGAACCAGUCGAUGCUCAUCACAGGUGAGUCUGGUGCAGGGAAAACAGUCAACACUAAGAGAGUGAUCCAGUAUUUCGCCAUCAUCGCUUCUCUGGGAGAACAUGUGAAGAAAGAAGGAAACUUGGAGGACCAGAUCAUUGAAGCUAAUCCGGCUAUGGAGGCGUUCGGCAACGCAAAGACCAUGCGAAAUGACAACUCCUCUCGUUUUGGAAAGUUCAUCAGGAUUCACUUCGGGACGACAGGGAAGCUGGCGUCUGCCGACAUCGACAUUUAUCUUCUGGAAAAAUCCAGAGUCGUGUUCCAACAGCCGGGAGAGAGGAGCUACCACAUCUACUACCAGAUCAUGUCCAAUCACAUGCCAGAGCUACAAGACAUGUUGCUGGUGACCACCAACCCCUACGACUACCACUUCUGCUGCCAGGGGGAGACCAAGGUGGACAGCAUCAACGACGCGGAGGAGCUGAAGCUCACGGACCACGCCAUGGACACGCUGGGCUUCACUCCUGAGGAGAAGUACGGCUGCUAUAAGAUCGUUGGCGCCAUCAUGCACUUUGGUAACAUGAAGUUCAAGAAGAAACAGAGGGAGGAGCAGGCGGAGGCCGACGGCACCGAGAGUGAGGAUAAGGCCGCCUACCUGAUGGGCAUCAGCUCGGCCGACCUGCUGAAAGGCCUCCUGAACCCCCGCGUCAAGGUCGGGAACGAGUUCAUCGUGAAAGGACAAACUGUGGAGCAGGUUAACUUUUCAGUUGCAGCUCUGGCUAAGUCCACGUACGACCGCAUGUUCAAGUGGUUGGUGAGUCGCAUCAACUCGUCCUUAUACACCCCGCUGCCUCGCCAGUACUUCAUCGGAGUCCUCGACAUCGCCGGCUUCGAGAUCUUUGAGUUCAAUAACUUUGAGCAGCUGUGCAUCAACUUCACCAACGAAAGGCUGCAGCAGUAUUUCAACCACCACAUGUUCAUCCAGGAGCAGGAGGACUACAAGACAGAGGGGAUAGAGUGGACCUUCAUCGACUUCGGUCUGGACCUACAGGCCUGCAUAGACCUCAUAGAGAAACCCAUGGGUAUUCUGUCCAUCAUGGAGGAGGAGUGUAUGUUCCCCAAGGCCACGGACCAGAGCUUCAAAACCAAACUCUAUGACAACCAUCUGGGGAAGUCGCCCAACUUCCAGAGGCCGCGGCCGGACAAGAAGCGCAAAUACGAGUCGCACUUCGAGCUGGUUCACUAUGCUGGAGUGGUUCCGUACAACAUCACAGGCUGGUUGGAUAAAAACCGAGAUCCUCUGAAUGAGACGGUGGUGGUUCUGUUCCAGAAGUCCUCCAACAAGCUGAUGGCUAAACUUUAUGAUAACUACAUCACCACUGAGAUGGCCUCUGACCCGAAGUAUCAAACCAGACACAGGAAGAAAUCACCUUCCUUCCAAACAGUUUCCCAGUUACACAAGGAGAAUCUGAAGAAGCUGAUGACGACGCUCCGCUGCACUCAGCCUCACUUCGUCCGCUGCAUCAUCCCCAACGAGACCAAGACUCCAGGUGUGAUGGAUCCUUUCCGGGUCCUCCACCAGCUGAGGUGUAACGGAGUCCUCGAAGGGAUCAGGAUUUGCAGGAAGGGCUUUCCGAACCGCAUCCUGUACGCUGAGUUCAGACAGCGUUAUCGCAUCUUGAAUCCUUCUGCGAUUCCGGAGGAUUCCUUCGUGGACAGCAGGAAGGCCGUGGAGAAGCUGCUGGGCUCCCUGAACAUCGACCACACCCAGUACAAGUUUGGACACACUAAGGUGUUUUUUAAGGCCGGUCUGCUGGGUCUGCUGGAGGAGAUGAGGGACACUCGUCUGUCUGAGAUCCUCACCGUGGUCCAGGCCAUGUGCAGAGGGAAGCUGCAGAGGAAACAACGAGAGAAGCUGAUCCUGCAAAGAGAGGCUGUGAUCGUGAUCCAGUUCAACCUCAGAGCGUUCUUCACAGUGCGGAACUGGCCUUGGAUGAUGCUGUUCUAUAAGCUCCGCCCCCUGCUCAAGAGCGCCCAGGUGGAGAAAGAACUGGCUUCUCUGAACGAAGAUUUCACCAAACUAAAAGAUGCCUUCGAAAGGUCGGAGGUGAAGCGUCAGGAGGCCGAGGUGAAGCAGGUGGAUCUGGUUCAGGAGAAAAAUGACCUGUCUCUGCAGCUCCAAGCUGAGCAAGACAACCUGUCGGACGCAGAGGACCGCUGCAACCAGCUGAUCCAGUCCAAGAUCUCUCUGGAGUCGAAGCUGAAGGAGAUGCAGGAGCGGCUGGAGGACGAGGAGGAGCUGACCGCCACCCUGACGUCCAAGAAGCGCAAACUGGAGGAGGAGGCCAUAUCACUGAAGAAAGACGUGGACGAUCUGGAGAUCACUCUGGCUAAAGUGGAGAAGGACAGACACGGACUGGAGAACAAGGUGAAGAACAUGUCCCAGGAGAUGUGUGUUCUGGACGAAUCGAUAGCGUCUCUGAGCAGAGAGAAAGCCGCCCUGCAGGAAGCUCAUCAGACGGCUCUGCACGACCUUCAGGCUCAGGAGGACAAAUGUAACAUGUUGGCCAAAGCAAAGACUCGACUCGAGCAGCAAGUGGACAAUGUGGAAGGUUCCUUGGAGCAGGAGAAGAAGGUAAGGAUGGAACUGGAACGAACCAAAAGGAAGCUGGAGGGGGAUCUGAAGCUGUCCGUGGAUUCAGUGAAGGAGCUGGAGACCCAGAAGGAAGACUUGGAGGAUAGACUGAAAAAGAAGGACCAGGAGUUGAUCCAGCUUCAGUCUAAAAUGGAGGCUGAGCAGAGUGUGAUGGCUCAGCUUCAGAAGAAAGUCAAAGAGCUUCUGACUCGCAUCGAGGAGCUGGAGGAGUCGCUGGACGCGGAGCGGGCGUGGCGCGCCAAGGCCGAGCGCCAGAGGAACGACAUCGCCAGGGAGCUGGAGGAGCUGGGAGAGAAGCUGGAGGAGGCGGGAGGAGCCUCUGCUGCUCAGAUCGCCCUCAACAGGAAGCGAGAGGCUGAUUUCCUGAAGAUGCGGCGGGAGCUGGACGAGGCGGGGCUUCACCACGAGGUGACGGCCGCCACCUUGAGGAAGAAGCACUCGGACACGGUGGCGGAACUCGGCGAACAGAUCGACAAUCUGCAGAGAACCAAACAGAAACUGGAGAAGGAGAAGACGGAGUUCAGGCUGGAGGCCGAUGACCUGGCCUCCAACGUGGAGCAGCUGUCCAGAGCCAAGGGAGCCGUAGAGAAGAUGUGCAGGGUUUAUGAGGACCAGCUGAAUGAGAGCAGGAGCAAAGCUGAGGAGCUGCAUAGACAACUGACAGAAGUCUCCACUCAGAAAGCACGAGCACAAACCGACAUUGCUGAAUACAGCCGUCGUCUGGAGGAGAGGGAAGCUCUGAUUGGUCAGCUUCAGCGCUCGAAGGCGGGAGUUUUCCAGAACUCUGAAGAUAUGAAGCGGCAGCUGGAGGAGGAGAACAAAGCUCGUGCGGCGCUGGCUCACUCGGUGCAGUCGACCCGUCACGACUGUGGCCUCCUCAGGGAGCAGCUGGAGGAGGAGCAGGAGGCCAAGGCCGAGCUGCAGAAGGCCCUGUCGAAGGCCAACAGCCAGGUGGUUCAGUGGAGAGCCAAGUACGAGACCGAGGCCGUGAUGAGAAUAGAAGAGCUGGAGGAAGCAAAGAAGAAGUUGGUUGUCAAGCUUCAGACUAAUGAAGAGGCUGUGGAGGCGUCUCAGGCCAAAUGUUCCUCGCUGGAGAAAACCAAGCUGAAGCUCCAGACGGAGAUGGAAGACCUGGUGGUUGAACUCGAACGCUCCAACUCUGCCGCUGUGGCUAUGGACAGGAAGCAGCGUAACUUUGACAAGUUGUUGAGCGACUGGAAGCUGAAGUUUGAAGAGUGUCAGUCGGACUUGGAGUCGUCACAGAAGGAGUCUCGCAGUCUGAGCACCGAGCUCUUCAAACUCAAGAACUGUUACGAAGAAGCUCUGGACCAUCUGGAGACGGUCAAACGAGAAAACAAGAACCUACAAGACGAGAUCCUUGACAUGACAGACCAGAUCAGUCAUGGAGGGAAGACCAUCCAUGAGCUGGAGAGGAUCAAGAAGAUCCUGGAGGUGGAGAAGAGCGAUAUCAGAGCAGCUCUGGAGGAGGCAGAGGCCAGUCUGGAGCACGAGGAGAGUAAGACCCUGAGGGUUCAGAUGGAGCUGCAGCAGGUGAGGACUGAGAUCGACCGCAAGAUCGCAGAGAAAGAGGAAGAAAUCGACAUCCUCAGGCGGGGGAACCAGCGUUCCCUGGAUACCAUGCAGGCCAGUCUGGAGGCGGAGGUUCGAAGUCGCACUGAAGCCGUUCGUCUGAAGAAGAAGAUGGAGUCUGACCUGAAUGAGAUGGAGGUUCAGCUGGGACACGCCAACAGGCAGGCGGCUGAGAGCCAAAGGAUCAUCCGACACCUGCAGACACAGGUUAAAGAGCACCAGGUGGAGCUGGAGGAUAAAGUCCAUUUGACCAAUCAGCUGAAAGAACAGUUCCUCCUGUUGGAGCGACGCUGUUCUCUGAUGACGGCGGAGGAGGAGGAGCUCCGUUUGGUCCUUGAGCAGAACGACCGGGUCCGCAAGAUGGCCGAACACGAGCUGCUGGAGGUCGUAGAGAGAGUGAACGUGCUCUCCACACAGAACUCAGGUCUGAUGAACCACAAGAAGAAGAUUGAGGCCGAUCUGUCUGUGCUGACAGGAGAGGUGGAAGAGGCCAUACAGGAGAGGCGCAGCUCUGAUGAGAAAGCAAAGAAGGCCAUCACUGAUGCAGCUCUGAUGGCGGAGGAGCUGAAGAAGGAGCAGGACAGCAGCGGCAUGAUGGAGAGAAUGAAGAAGAACAUGGAGUCGACAGUGAAAGACCUGCAGGUGAAGCUGGAUGAGACGGAGCAGAUGGCGCUGAAGGGAGGAAAGAAGCAGCUUCACAAGCUGGAGACCAGAGUGAGGGAGCUGCAGACGGAGCUGAUGGUGGAGCAGAAGAAGAGCGACGAUUAUCAGAAAGGAGUCCGUCGCUACGAGAGAAGAGUCAAAGAGCUGACGUACCAGACGGAGGAGGACAGGAAGACUCUGCUAAGGAUGCAGGAGCUGGUCGAGAAGCUCCAGACCAAAGUCAAGAGCUGCAAGAGACAAGCUGAGAACGCUGAGGAGCAGGUGAGCGGUACUGCAGUGCGUUACAGGAAAGUCCAACACGAGCUGGACGACGCCGAGGAGAGAGCGGACAUCGCAGAGACGACGGUCAACAAGCUGCGGAUUCGAACCCGCGAACAAACCACCAAGAUCGCCAUGAUCACUGAAUGA